AUGGCCGUUCCCAGGGGGACGGUGAGGCGGCUCGACUACGUGAACCAUGCCAGGAGGCUGGCAGAGGAUGACUGGGCAGGAGUCGAGAGCGAGGAGGAAGAGGAGGCGGAGGAAGGUGCGAAUGAGGAGGAGAUGGAGGUGGAUGUUCCUCGGAAGCUGCCCAAGCGCUAUGCCAAUCAGCUGAUGCUGUCUGAGUGGCUGGUAGAUGUCCCUUUGGAUCUGGAGCAAGAGUGGGUUGUAGUGGUGUGCCCCACAGGGAGAAGGGCACUGGUUGUGGCAUCCAAGGGCUCAACAGCAGCUUACACCAAGAGUGGCUUCUGUGUCAACAGGUUCCCGUCCCUGCUGCCGGGUGGGAACCGGCACAAUUCGCUAAAUGAGAAAGUUUACAGCAUCUUGGACUGCAUCUACAAUGAGGCGCAGCAGACGUACUAUAUCCUGGAUGUGAUGUGCUGGAGAGGACACCCUGUUUACGACUGCCAGACUGACUUCAGAUUCUUCUGGCUCCUCUCAAAGAUCCAAGAGGAGGAAGGGCUAGGAGAGAAAAGCAGGAUUAAUCCAUUCAAAUUUGUGGGCCUGCAGAAUUUCCCCUGCACCUCGGAGAGCUUGUGUAAUGUGCUGGCUAUGGACUACCCAUUCGAGGUUGACGGACUUCUCUUCUAUCACAAGCAAACCCACUACACACCCGGCAGUACCCCGCUGGUGGGCUGGCUCCGGCCGUAUAUGGCUCCCGACAUCCUCGGGCUCACUGUGCCCACUACUUUGCUCACUGCCAAACCAGACUAUGCUGGGCAUCAGCUCCAGCAGAUCAUUGAACACAAGAAGAAUAAAAAGCUGGCGGCAGGAAAGAGUCACCUGGGUAACAAGGAGGCUGCUAAGAAUGGAUGUUACGAGUUGGAACACUUGUCUACCCCUCAGCCAGCAAACUCUCCUGAGGGCUGGGAUGGAGCAGUGUGCCAGACGGAGAAUUAGGUCACUGUAACAGAGUGGCUGGGGAAGGAGAGCGCGAGGGGUUACCUGGCUUCCCCAAUUCUCACUGUCGCUUGUGCUCCCUGAGAAGGGGGGCAAGGGUAAUUAUUGGAUGGCUUUGUUUAAAGGGCCUGAAAGUGGAAUAUUUUGCUCUGAGUUUGUGUAGUUUUUAGGGGGGGUUAUUUUUUUUUUUUUAUUUAUUUUUUUUGCACCAGGGUGCUCACUUUGGUGAAGGGCUUCAACAGGAUUGUCUGGUUCUCUGCUAAGGUGGUUGUCUGUUGCGGGGAGGAGCGGGGGAAUAAUUUGUCCAAACUGCAGGGUUCCUGGUUUAGCUCCUGCUGACCCUGUUUCUGUUAAAGUCUUUUGCAGAACUCCAGCCCGAGAACAGUGCUCAGACCUCGUAGAUGCAGAUCCUGCUUAUAACCUGAGCACCAAAUACAGACGCUGCUCCUCAGGCCAGGAAAUUUGGGGCAUUCCAGCCUUUGAUCCAGCUGUUUACACUGAAGCCUUUUCAAUGAAAGUUUUGUGGUCAGUCUGCUUCUAGUAACAGACUUUUUUUUUUUUUAAUGACUGCUUUGCAACAGACUUCUGUCAUCUGAGGGCUCUGCUUUCCACGCCCACGUGUUACUGAGAAACUAAAUUUCCUUGCAUCGGAACUGGCCCUCGCCUCCAAGUAGAGCGUUGUGCAGAACGAAGGCAGAACUCUCUUCGCUAGGCUUUUCUCAGUAGGGGGAGAAAGGAGCGAUUUGGUUCUUAAUGUUAGCGUUGAUGGUGCCAAAUAAAAGGUUUCUCAGAAAUGUAA